AUGGAUCUUAGAACGAUGAUAACACGACUUGAAAUCAACGUCAUUGGGGUUGUCCCGAGCCAACUGGCGGCUACCACUCUGGACGAGAAGGUGCAGGAGAGCCUCAUCGCAGUCUUUACAUGGGGUGAGAAGCUGACGGCAGUGAUUGGCGAUGAGUGGAGUGCUAAGAUACCAAUUGUUAUAGAGCUGCUGGUAGCCACCGAGUAUUGGCUCAGCAUGUAUCGGGUGGUCACUCCAUCCACCCCCACUGGGCCGGUCUUCACCGUCGUGCCAGGGGUGCGUGUGACGACUCUUUCCGAGGAUGAGACCACCACUGGCCUAACCAAGGGAGAGCUACUCCUAGCAGGCCCCAGUGUGACCGAAACAGGGUACAUCGAGGCGGCUGAGAACCAGGGGCUCUUCUUGGACACCGGUGAUGGACGGUUCUUCCGCACUAAGGACCUCAUUCAAGUGUUGCAAUGGCGGUCCCAAGGCUCAGUAGAAACGCUGAGGUACCUUGGGCGUAGCGAUAUGUUCAUCAAGUUGGGGGGCCAAUGGGUCGACUUGGAGGCUCUACAGGAGAAAAUAGUGGCCUUGCCUUGUAUCAAGGAGGCGGUACUGCUACAGCAAGAGCAGCAGACUCAAGAGUAUGGCGUUGAGGAAAGGCUAGGAGGGAUAAGAUUUCAACAUGAUGGAGAAAGGGCCUCUGUACAUGCCUUUAUUAUAAUGAAGCCCUUCCGACUGGCCACAACGGCUGAGGUCCAGAGGCUCCUCCCCAGCGGCAACGUCGUUCGAGUUCAUUGGCUAGCACUGGAGACCCUCCCACGGCACUCAGCUACCUGCAAGAUAGACCGUCGUUCACUGCUGGGGAUGGUCAGGGAUGAUGAUAUCGUACCAGCGGCUACGGAAGUGGAGGUUGCCAGAUGCUUUGGGUAUCUCGCUCGGUGGUCCAUCAUCACUCUCACAAUAGCUGUGGUCUACUAUCUGGCCCUUGGCCUCACUGGUAUGUUCCUUGCGGCCCACUUCAACAUGACCUAUUGGGUGUUCUUUAUGGUGGACGGUAACAUAUGGAUAACAUUGGAAAAGAGUAUGCCUCCAUAUGUGGCUGACGGAAGCGGGGUUGAGAGGGAAGAGUUCCUCAUGGAUAGUGUGCUUGUAUCCCCUCGAGAUCUGCGACACUGUCGUGACCGUGAGGAGGGUGGUGUUGAGGGUAUAUUCGAUAGUAGAAGGACGGUUGGAGAGGAGAAGGCCAGUGGGUACGAAGAGUCGUACUACUACUCGUGGAUGGAUGCAGAGGAGGAGCCUAGAGAGUGCCCACUGCCGUCGACGAUACAGAUAUCAACGCAGCAGUGGGCCGAGAUGCGACGAGAGGCUGUGGAGAAUAUCGAUAGAUGGUAUGCAGGACGAUACGAUGGGUUGGUGUUGGAAGGGGAGGAUUAUGCUACGGCUAAGGGGAUGUUGGAGGAGGAGGAAAGGAGGCAGCUGAGGAGCCCCUCGACGUCGGUGGGAGGCCAGUUGGAAGUGUCCGAGACGUCGACCACACCAACACUGGGCGCUGGGGAUGACGAGUCCAGUGAUAGUGAUGUGGACGAGGAGUGGUAUGCGGGGGGUGAAGAGGAUGCGCCGGUGAGUGUAGAGGCUGAGCCCAAGGUAGAGUUGAAGAGUGCCAAGCCGUUGGCAAAGAGGCUGGCCCUGUUGGUGGAAAGGCAGUUGACUUUCAGUAUAGAAGACUUCGACGCUGAUGUGGUGUCCAGUAUAGACUCCUUAGGAGCUGUCCAGCUCGCCCACAGUAUUAGGACGGAGCUCAGGAUGACCGGGCUCCUCCUCACAGUGGGAGAUGUCCUCAAGUGCCGCAGUGUGAACGACUUAGUCGCUGUGGUUGAGGCAAAGAGCGUCGCUGGAGGGUUAGGGGGUGACGAGGAGGAGGACGAGGGAGAGGGUGAUGGUGGGAAGUGGACAGAGAAAUUGUCGAGGAUCCUCGAUGGGGUCACUGGUGUUGACCCUACGGGCCGCCGUGGCCCCAAAGCUGCUGGUAUACCUGUGCAGGUGUGGGGGUGGCAAGGAGUAUGUGCUUGGAUGUUGGAGUGGCAUGGCGGUAGCGGCGGCCGCGGCAGCGAGGAGGAAGAAGAAGAGGAGGUGGACCUGUUCGCCCUACAGGCAGCGGUCCAAGCGGUGGUCUCUCGACAGGCCUCUAUGAGGGUUAGUAACGAUAUUGGUAUCGGCUACUACACCUUCAUGAACGAGGGUCUGUCUGUCCAAGGCAUGGUCAAGUACAUGGCUCUGACUAAAGGGGGUCGCUUUUUCUCUUGGAUAGCUGCUAUCGCGUAUGCAGUGGGUCGUUGGGUACUCUGGCCGCUGUGGGGUCGUAUACAUAUCACCCCUUCAGUAGAGGGGCGCCCUGGUUCGGUGAGAGUGAGGGAGUUCAAUUCUCGAGAGGCUCUGAGACGCUGGGUCCACUCUGAGAAGAGGCACGGGUUCCGGUCCCCUUUGGGAAUAGAUAUCGUACAGCUCGAUGAGAGCCUCGAUGGCUGUGGACCAGUGCGGACCUUCGUUCGAGUCUUCGUCACACAUGCCUUUUCUGAUGGCUUCAGUGUGGUCCCUUUACUCAGUGACCUCAACGAGGCUUAUGCGGCGGUUAGAAGAGGCUCCCAUAGGGGCCCACGGAAUCGACUACUACCACCCCUACGGGUUUCAGGAGCUCAGGUCCAAAGUGGACGGCUGAGGCGAACUCUAAUGGACAGAGCACGAGAUCUUCAUGGUGACACCCUCUACCCUUGCUAUACCGUGGACCACACUACGGUGCCUCAGCAAGGGUUCGGUCACUGUGUGAAGCUUUUACCAUCUAUUCAUCUGGUACUCCACAGUGUUGGUCGUAGACUAGGAGCCCCUCUGGACGUGGUACUCCUGGCGGCAAUUGUCCUGGCGUCUGUGAGGGAGAGGGGAUGGCGCAGAGUAGCCAAGGCGACUCUGGUGGUACCUCUGAGGGAUGGACCCACUGAGCACCAGCUGGUGGGCCUAUUCGCUGAUCUUAGGAAUAUCGACAUACCAUUGGAGGACGUCCCCGAAGACAACGGGCAACCCUGUGCGACCAGCGUCCUCAAUUUGGUACGGCUGUUAGCAUUGGUUUGGAGCUUUAAUGUGCAUCCUUAG